AGGGAGAGAAACAGCAACAGAGAGAAGCGGUGAAUCCGAAGCGAUUGUUUCUUCGACUACUUUUCCUUCUUCACACCAUUCCAUUCCACGCGCACGGAAUUGAAAAUUCUCUUCGUUUCAAGAUUAAGCUUUCCCUUCCUUCCUCGGCCAAACCCCACAAACCCGAUCUCUCCCACUCUGUAAAUCCAAAUGGGAAUUUCACUGAGUAGCAAUAAAAGACGAAACACCCACUAUCUCCACCACCCGCCACCUCCCCACUACCUCUCUGCCCCUUCUUCUUCUUCUUCUUCCUCUUCUCACUAUUACCCAUUAGAACCCCCACCACCUCCACCACCACCUCCGCCACCACUACUACAACCACCACCACCACCACCACCCCCACAUAACUAUCUCCCUUAUCCUCUACAACCCCAUCCUUAUCCUACGCACCCUCCUCCAGCUCACUCCUACAUCUACUCUGGUGGAUACAAUUCCUGCAAUUACGCCAACCCCAUCACCGCUCGAUUCGCCUAUCAACCUUAUCAUCCCAAUCAGGCUAAUGGGUGGCUCGCACCUCGGCCGCCUGUGGGCCCGGCAGUUGAGCCGCCGCGUUACGUUGAGCAUCAGAGCGCAAAGAAGGUGAAGAAUGAUGUGAAUGUGCAUAAGGACACCCUGCGGAUUGCGGUCGAUGAGCAGAACCCAGAUCACCAUUUGGUCUCUUUUGUUUUCGAUGCCAUGUAUGAUGGGAGCAUCACUAUUUUCUACUUUGCCAAGGAAGAGGCGAACUGUAGGUUUGUUCCAGCACUUCCUGAAGUCUUUAUGCCUGUGAGAAUUCCCUUCCAGAAAGGACAUGGCCAGAAAUUUGUUCAGCCUUCAGGAACAGGCAUUGACUUAGGCUUCUUUGAGUUGGAUGAUCUCUCAAAACCAUCACCCGGAGAAGAUGUAUUUCCUUUAGUAAUAUCUGCUGAAACAUGUUUGCCUCCUCAUUCAACUAAAGAGCAUCUUGGUGAGCCUGUGCCCAAUGCAGACCCUCAUACACAGAUUACUCAAGCUAUUCUAGAGAAGAACAAUGAAGAACCUUUCCGAGUGAGAGUUAUUAAGCAAAUAUUGUGGAUUGAUGGGGUUCGGUAUGAGCUCCGUGAGAUAUAUGGAAUAGGAAGCUCAGUAGUGGAAGACUUUGAUGACAGUGACCCAGGGAAGGAGUGCGUGAUAUGCAUGACUGAACCUAAGGAUACAGCUGUAUUACCUUGUCGACAUAUGUGUAUGUGCAGCGAAUGUGCAAAAGCAUUGAGGAUGCAAUCAAAUAAGUGCCCAAUAUGCCGUCAGCCUAUCGAGGAACUUUUAGAGAUCAAGAUAAAAAAUGGUGAUCAGUAAGAGAUUCUCUUCUUCAUACUAAAGUUGGAUUGCACGGUAUGGCUGUCAACUUUUUUUUCAUUUGUAUGUGUUGUCACUAUAUCUCUCCAUAUAUAUUUUUCCUUGUAUCAUAAAAAUUGUAACAGAAUUUAAUUUUCAUCUGAUGUUUUGUUGACUUGCAGUGUAUGCGUUUGUGAAUCUGUAAGUGUUCAACAGUCUUGGCAACAGGCCAUUUGUCUAGUUAUUGCAAGAUUUUUUUUU